CUCUUUAUAAAAGUUCACCGCCAGGUUCUACACGGUCAGGAUGCACCGAUAGAAAACAUAGGUAUUCUUCUGUGCUUGAAGCGCAUCCGUAAACAUGGCUCGAUUGUUUUCCAAGCUAAAAGCAAUCGACUUUUUCAAGAAGAUCCCGAGCGAUCUCACGGAGGCUACGUUGACGGGAGCAUGGAUUUCCAUAUUGGCCGCUGUGAUCAUGGUCUUUCUCUUCGGCGCGGAAUUCUCGGCCUUCCUCUCGACCACCAGUAAAACUUCACUAGUUGUCGACCGCAGCCCGCAGAAUGAGCUCCUGAAGGUUAACUUUAACAUUAGCUUUCCGGCUCUAUCCUGCGAGUUCGCCACGGUGGACGUGAGCGACUCGUUGGGGACGAAACGCCUGAACCUAACGAAGACGGUUCGGAAGGUGCCUAUCAGCUAUGACAUGGUUCGCCAGGGUGCUGCCAUGGACGACGCCUCCCACAAGCCGGGUCCCAAGUACGACGAGGAGGGGCGCUUCGAGGACGUGGACGAUAUCGACAUCACCGUGCCGCUCAGCCACGAGAACUUCGAAGCCACCCUGGCCCGCUACCCCAUCGUGGUCGUCAACUUCUACGCGCCUUGGUGCCACUGGUGUCAGCGGCUGGAGCCCACUUGGGAGGCGGCCACGAAGGAGGUGCACGAUAAGUACCCAGAGUGGGACGGACGCAUCAGGUUCGCAAAGGUGGACUGCACACAGGAGAUGGACCUGUGCCGGCAGCACUACAUCACCGGUUUCCCCUCCCUCCGGGUGUUCAGGAGGGGACAUGACGACAUCUACAUUGCCGGCAUGCACGAGCACGAGAUGUACACGGGCGACCGCACCAAGGAGGCGCUGGUGUCGUUCGCGGACGGUCUGGUGCCCUCUGCUGGGCAGCCGCACCGCAAGCAUGCCAACCUCACCGCAGCACCCUCGACCCCCGGCUGCAACCUGGCUGGCUUCGUGAUGGUGAAGCGCGUGCCCGGCAGCCUGCACCUGGUUGCCCGCUCCGAGGGGCACUCGUUCGACCACGCCUGGAUGAACCUGACGCACCUGGUGCACGGGCUGCAUGUGGGCAGCCGCCCCUCGCCACGGAAGUACCAGCAGCUCAAGAGGCUGCACCCGGCGGGUCUGACCCCCGAUUGGGCUGACAAGCUGAAGGACCAGAUGUUUGUGAGCGAGCACACGCAGUCCACCCAUGAACACUACCUGCAGAUUGUGCGCACCACCAUCGAGCCCGCCCACUCGCGCCACGCGGGGUCGUACGACGCGUACGAGUACACGGCCCACUCGCACACCUUCCAGUCGGACGACCUGCCCUCGGUGCGCUUCACCUACGACCUCUCGCCCAUCCAGAUCCUGGUGCAGGAGACCGGCAAGCCAUGGUACCAGUUCCUGACCACCAGCUGCGCCAUCAUCGGCGGCGUGUUCACGGUGGCCGGCAUCCUGGACGCGGUGCUCUACCAGAGCUUCAAGGCGGUUAAGAAGAUGCAGCUGGGGAAGCAGGGCUGAGGGCUGAGGGGAUGGGGAUGAACGAGGUGGUGAAGAGGACGGUGGAGUCCUAGCGCGGCUGCUUGUGAGGCUGCUUCCCUCAGGAGUAUUGGCUGCUACGAGAUUAUAAGAGAGCGGUGGUUUGCCGAUUCCAAUGGUGAUGGUUGUUCAGGACUUCCGGUUAGCCGACGUGUAGGUGGUGCAGAAUUGGUGCAACUGCAUAAAGAGGGGCGCAGCCUGGAUUUUGGUCGGGGCUUCUUAAGCUUCUGGUUAGACUGCUGGUGCCCAUGCUAGGAGGAAGGGCUUAAGGCGGGGUCGAGUAGCGUAGCAAGACUUUGCUGCAGCUGAGUAGUUUGUGAACCCUAAAAGACCUUCGUUCUUAAUACGGCUCGUGACUUGUAUCCGUGCGGCUAGAGUCAGCUGUGUGACACAUAACAUAUGCAAUGAGAAUCAGCGUACCCCAUCCGUAGAAGCAGGCAGAAGCACGGAAUUGCAAAAGGCGGAUGCGGGGAGGCAACGCACGUCCGGUCGUACGCAUAAGCCCCU